AUGUCAUAUAUAAGCUUUAAGGUAAUAGCAGAGACGAGAUAUUUGCAAAAUGUCAGAAUCUGUGGCAACCAUGUCUUACUUGGAGAUUGGGAUCCAAAUCGUUCAAUGAUGUUGAGUACAACCAACAGUACCUAUCCGGAAUGGACUCACGAAAGCAAAAUUCAAAUUGAUCCAACUGUCAGACUGGAAUUCAAGUGCUUAAUACAAGAUGGCGACAACUUCAUUUGGGAAGAGGUUCCAAAUCGGCUACACAAAUGUGAUUUCAGACGCAAUUUUUUGAUUAUCACUUUCAAUAAGGAAGAAAUGAAUGUCAGAACCUUUUAGAAAUACGAAAUCUCUCAUGAAUUCGUAUAGGAAGACUUGAUGAAUGUGUAAAGACUCAGUAGGUCCAGGGAUUACGACCCAUUUAAUAAUGAUUUAGAUUCAUCUGACAACGAGAGCCUGCCAGAAUUGGUCAAGAAAAUUACAGGAAUCACGUAGAUCUCCAUCCGUUAAUUGGAAAGUGAUUGGAGAGACAUUAUCAGAACUCAUUUUGAAGGCAAGCAAAAGUAAAAGUCCAUAUCGAAAUUCCGCAAGAUUUCAGAGCAGUACGGUUCUCCAGAUAUCGUAUUUGAUUACAAAAGAAAGAGGUCCCAAUCUUCCUCUCAAAUUUUCACUGACUCCUUUGUCAUAUGCUUGACCUUGAAGAUACCAAUUUAAAUAACCACUAUCGAUUAAUAAAUUUAAGUAAGAACCAAAAAAGACAUUCUUAAUAAAUAUAAAUUCACUUCCACCUAGGAUCCCUAUUAUAACAACAUGUACGAUCUAUUUAGCAAUCGAUUGAGUCUCAAAGCCAUAUGGAUUGGAUGGUUGGGAAUUACAAUCCCUGAUGAAAUAGAAUUCAAUCUUAUCUAACAAUACAUGUAUGCAUUCCCUAUCAAAUUUAGUUAUGAUCAAUAUAAGUGUUAUGGCAUUCAAUUGGAUGAAUCCAAAUUAUCCUGUUUCUCCCAAUUUAUAGAGCCAGUCUUUAGUAAUUUAACUCCGCAUUUGAAAUUCGAAUCAGAAGAUGAUUAUAUGACCAUCAAUCAAAUAUUUGCCAGAUUUGUACAGGAUGCCAUGUUCUGCACACUUUUUAAUAAUCAAUUCACUCACUUGCAUUCGAUCUUCAUAUUUGAUUACCAACUCUUUAUGAUUCCUAUUUUUCUUAAGGAAGGGCUGAUAAAGAAGAAUGAGUACAGACCUCGUAUUUGCACUGUCAUGAGAAGAUCCUUUCCGAAUCCUAAACAAUUUAGAACAUUCACUUUCAGUUAGAUCAUGCUCUCAUCAUUAUUAAUGAGUGAUUUGAUUUCACUAGUUGAAUUGAAGGAUUUACACAACUUUAUAUAGUGCAUUCCAUUCCAAUACCAAAAAUUAACAUAAGUAGCAGGAAUGACUGCAUUUACAAUUGAGGUGUUGGGCAGAAAGAUAAUACUUGAUUAUGGAAAUGUAGGUUUAGAUGAAAAACAAUUAAAUAAUUUGAUUUCUACAGAAGAUUGCAUAAAUGAAGAUUCAAUCACACUCCUAGGUGUUGAUAGUAUUUCUGUCUAGAGUGGACUGAAUCUCAAAUUUUAAAUUGUAGAAUAACUGCAUUCAUCUGGACUCCAUCAAAUCUAAUUGAUCCAAAUAUUAUACAAAAAUAAUGAAGACGAUUUUGAAAAUAAUACCUCGCUUCUCCUACUUCAUGAAGAGUUAACCAACUUAGCUUAAUCCAUUAAUAAUAAAUACUAGAAACCAUUAAUUCUAUUAAUAUAAGAUGCUUCUCAAUAAGACCGAAUCAGAUUAUAUAAUAAGGCUGAUGUUUUAAUCAAAACUUCAUUGAGAGAUGUCAUUUCAUCAACUCACUUGGAGUAUAUAUAUGUCAGACAGUCACAAAAGCAACGAGCAAAGAUCAUCUUAAGCCAAUGGUGCAAAUCUAAGGUAGAGCAUUAAAAAAUCAAUCCCUUCAAUAUCAAAAUGUCAGCUUAAAUCAUUUCUGAUUAUAUUAAAAAUGAUCUGCCUUCAAUUAUUAAUGUACCUAGCAGUAAUGAUUGGCUUCACAGAUUAAAUGAUCAUCUAAGCUAUUGUGAGGAUUAUUGGCUUGAUAAACAGUUGUAUGAUUCAGCCAAGGAACUUACAGUAGGAUUGAAGGACAGAUAGUUUUGCUCUAUUGAAACCACCAAGAUAAUCUCCAGAUUCAAUAACAAUCAAUAACACGAUAAUCAAAGAGUAAUCAUCUUGGCUUAUACUGAAAGUUUCAAAUAAAAAAUACAUAAAAUUGAUCAAUUAGUUUAAGCACUCGAACAAUUGGCCUAAGAUGAAAAUAAUACCUUGAUUUUGAUAUCAGAUCAAGAAUGCGAACUUCUAGAACUAACCUUUGGUUCCAUCAACAAUCUGUAUAUGAUUGCCCAAGAUGGCUUAUUUAUUAAGUAAAACAACUAAACUACGUUUUAAUAAAUUAUUGACAAGGAUGAAAUGGUUGAAGCUAAACUGCAAUAAUUAUCUUAUCAAGAGCAUUUCAUUCUCUCUUAGAAAAAUCUUAUCUAUACUAUGUCAUUUUAAGAGAAGAUCCAGGACUCCAAUGCUGCUGCCAACAUCCUUAUUUCAAAUCUGAUAAAAGAGUUAAGACUAGAGUUAGAUGACUUUAUAAUCACCUAAGAUAAUUACUCCAUCAAAAUCAAACAUCAAUAUCAACAGAUCGAGGAAUUGUUGAAGAUCAUCAUUGUGAAUGAGGUAGAUAAGAAAGGAUUGGUUUCUUUUGCAAGCCUUAUCUCUUUCGAUCGAUAAUGGCUAGAAAAAAUUAUCUAGAUUUUUCAAUUUGCUAAUAUGCCUUUAAAUAAAGUAAGCAUGUCAUUUUUAUGA